UAAAUAAUAACCACCAUCUCUAGAUCGAAACUUCUUUAGAUCCUGCUGGCGGAAAAACAUGUGGAUGAUAGAUUUAACUAAUAAUUUUCAGUAUCCGAUCCAAUGCUCAUCGCUUACAUCACCAUCCCGCCCCAAUUUUAUCCGCCUUUCAGAUCAAAUUGAUUUUGCGUGAGGAAAAAGUCAAGAACACUCCAUAAACAAAACUCAGAAUCCCACUAUUUAUACCCAAAACAACUAGAAUCAGAACCCACCGAGAAGACGAAACAGAGAAAAAUUUUACAGAUCUGAUCUUAAUCCACCAUGGCCGCCGUCGAGUUCUUGCCUAGAGAAUACGGAUAUGUCGCGAUUGUUUUGGUUUUUUACUGCUUUCUCAAUUUCUGGAUGGCCUUCCAAGUCGGCAAAGCCCGGAAGAAGUACAAAGUGCCGUAUCCGACUCUCUACGCUUCGGAAUCGGAGAACAAGGAUGCCAAAGCGUUUAACUGCGUUCAGAGAGGGCAUCAGAAUUCGCUGGAGAUGAUGCCGAUGUUCUUCGUGCUGAUGGUGUUGGGAGGAAUUAGGCAUCCUUGCGUAUGCGCCGGACUUGGCACCGUGUACGCCAUCACCCGCUUCUUUUAUUUCAAAGGCUACGCCACAGGCGAUCCCAUGAAGCGUCUGACUAUUGGGAAAUAUGGAUUCUUGGCAAUUCUGGGGCUU